AUGUCUGAAAAGACUACAGAUAAUGUGGAAGGCGGACACGCAGAUGUUCUAGGACUAGAGACCGGUGAAAAUCCAAGUUUAGCUGGAAUGACAGAGGAUAAAGGGAGGAUUGAAGUUGGGGAUGUUGAAGCUGAGAACGAUGUGAAAGAUCACUUACAGGUUGAUGCAGAACCUCAAGAGAAGGUAUCACCGUCAACGUCAACAUCACCUUUAAAUCUAUUAUCAUCUCAUCCAGCCGAUUCACUCCAUGCACCAGAUUCACCCACUACUUCAUUAAUUUCAUCAUUAAGAGAUCAAUUAGCGUUAUUAUCCGAUCAAUCCAUAGCUUUAAAUCAGAAAUUAAUAAGCUCAAUAGGUAAAUCAUCAGAUCUAGAAGAUGAAUUACAUGAACUACAAAAUUCACAUCUUACAUUAAACAAAAAAGCAGAUGAAUUGGAAAGAGAAAAAAAUCGAUGGGAAGAGUCGAUGAAUACUGGUUUGUUGGUUGAAAGAUCUCAGAUAAAAGAUGAAAUGCAAAGAUUAGCUGCUGGUUUAGUUGAAGAAGAAAGGAAAAGAGGUUCAGCGGAAAAAAUGAAAGAACAGGUCGAAAAUGAGGUUGAUGAUUUGACUGCUAAACUAUUUGAUCAAGCAAACGCAAUGGUAGCGACCGAACGAAUGUCUCGUGCCGAAGCUGAAGCUCGACUAAAAUCCACGGAAGAAAACCUGGCUGCUGCUGAAGCUGCGGUGCGAGAUAUGCAAUUACAUCUUCAAUCAUUACCUUCAAACUCUACUCAACAAUCUUCUUCUAGUUCCUUACCAGCUCAUACAAACGGUGAUUCUACCUCAUCGGGAGUAGGAUUAGUAAAGAGGAAAUACCUUUCGUCACAUAUACCAUACACUGAAUUCAUCUCUUUCAUAACACAUUUAAGAACCUUACGACCCAUAAAGGAUAUAUCAAAAAAUACAUUUCAACCUCCCUUAAUAACCAAUUUAUUAACACAAUCUUUCUUGGUCAGAACAAUAAAUGAAGAUAAUGACACUACAUUGCGAUUAGAUAUAGCACCUGAUCUGAGUUGGUUAUCAAGAAGAAGUGUUUCACAAGCUAUCAUUUCAGGUGAAUUGAUUAUUGAACCUGUUUCAACAUCAACAUUAUUAUCAAACCCAAAUACAAGUAUAUCAAAUAUUCAUGAUUUGAACUGCAGUUUAUGCGGUAAAUCGAUUUUCGGUUCUUCUUUACUUGCUCUAUCCCAAUCACCGUUAUCACCAUUAUCAGGAUCAACUGGAAAUCAUUUCGGUCCACCUCCUAUACAUCCUCAGAGAGGUACUAAUACAUCUUCCAAUACAACUACAACAUCCAGAUUCUCCCUAAAACCCUUUUUCAACUCUUCUUCUUCCUCCUCAAAUAUCAAUACAUCCUCAUCUGCCUCGACUUCAAAUUGGAAUCAGACUCAUCAACAUGGUUCUUCCCCCAUCCAAUCGCCAAUGUCAUCUCCUGCAUUACAUUCAGGCAGUGGAAAUAUCUCAUCAGUUUACAUAUUCAGAAUAGCAAAACCUCAAGCAGGCGAAAAAAGCGAUUCAAAAUUAUAUCCCUUAUGUAGGACAGGUUGGUGUUUAGAAAGAAUGAGAGCUACAUGUGAAUUAUGGCAUUUCGUCAGAACAGGUAUCAUCCAUGUUAUAUGGCACGGAGAUGAUGGUAAUACGAAUACGCCUACGCCUGUUGUACAUGAGAUAUACGCUCCACCAAGUGAUCAAACAAUCGCUUCAACCUCAACUGCAACUACAGGUACAGGUGCAUCUACAUCCACACCUACUGAGACAGAGACUAAAAUCUCAGCUCCACCAUUACCACAAAGGAAAAAGUCAUCGUGGGCGUUAGGGUUCAAACUAUCUGACAAAUCAGCUGGAAGUUGGACCAGAGGAUGGAAAUCUGGUUCGGAAACAACAACAAAUGGUAAUGACAAUCAACCUUCAUCUCCUGAUUUAGGUGAGAGAAGAAGAAGUUCAGUAGGUUCAUUGGGUGCUGAAAAAGCAAUCGACAAUCGAAACGGUACUGGUGAAUUAGAAGAUCCUAUACAGAUCAUCACUGAAAAUAAGAACAACAAUGAUGACUCACAUACCGAAAAAGUCCCUAUUAUAGUUCAAGAACCUAUUUCGACAAUCGUGACAUCCGAAUCAGAAGACCCGAAAGCAGGAAAUCAACAAGGAGAAAAACCUAAUUCUCCAAAUGAGUACAGCGGAUUACAAGCUGAGCCAUUAUCAAGGGCGACUUCGAAUACAACUACUACAACAGAUGAUGCUGGUGCUUUUUCGACUCCAAAAGGUGGUCAAAACGAUUUACCUUCUUCAGAUGAUGAUGCCGAUGUCGAUGGUCAAGAUGAACAUGAGGAUCAUGGAGAUGUGACAAUCUCAAGAGACGAACAAAGCACACCUCAUCCUCCUCAAAUCGAUACAUCGGUGACGAAACGAAGUAGCGUGAUAGACGUAUCCUCGCCCAAAUCUGGAAUUGCAAGUGCUAGUCCAACCAAACCACCUCCACCUAUUCCAAGAAGAGCAGCUGCUAGAGAUAGAUUAACACAACUAGGUGGGAAUAGUCCUGCGUCAUUGGUUAAUAGUCCAGUCAAUAGCCAGCCUACAAGUCCGGCUAGAAGGAACAGUACCGAGAAUAACGAUGAUGAAGAUGAAGAUGAAGAUGGUCUAGCCGCUUUGAGGGAAUUGAGACAUGAAUUGGAGCAGAGAAAAGGGGAUGAUGCUUUGCCUGAGACUCAGACCUCGACAAAGGAGGAGGAAGACAAGGCAGAUGAAAUAGCAGAUCGAGAAGGAGUAGCAGAAGGCGCGCCCGCUAAGAGACCGGUGGAGGACUUUGUUAACGAAAAAGAGAAAAAGGAGAAAGAGGAAGAAGAAUUAGAAGAACCUUUCACACCAGUGAAUUUAGAUGAAAAAUUCCCACCUUCCCCAAUAGGUACAUUCCCUUCUUCGAUUUCUUCAAGACCGAACUCUCAAUCGAUACAUCCCUUACCACCACCCCCAGCGCUACCACCCAGAACCAAUCCCAAAACACCGAUACUACAGAACAGUACUCAUACUCCAUCCAUGACGACAGAAGGCGAAAAGAGAUUCUUGAGUACGAAUGAAAAUGGCGAAUCUAUAUCUUGGGAAGGUAAGACUUGGGAAAAAAUCGUUAGAUUGAAAGAGCAAAUGUGGAAAGCUAGAAUAGGUGUAAUAGAUCAAUAA